UAUAUGCAAACCUUUUGCAAUAGUAUAGGAAAUGGUUCAUCCUCAAUAACUCUGAGUGCUUUCGAAGUCUCUCAAAAGUCAUUCAAGAGACUUAUCUGUGUUUACAAUCUCCAGACACUUGCAUUCACUAAUUGCCGAGUUGACACUGAGAAUGUGAAGUUUCCUAUUCACACCAAGUUUACUCUUAAAGAGUUUUCAUUUUGAAAUAAUAGUUCAAGAAUGACCAAGGAAUAGA